GGCCAUCCGCUCCUUCCAGGGCCACAGCAGCGCGGUUCUGCGCGUCGCCUUCCUGGGGAACGGCAUGCAGCUAAUGAGCAGCAGCGUGGACGGCCUGCUUAAACUCUGGCACAUCAGGACUGCAGAGUGUGCAGCCACCCUCGAAGAACACACCAGCAAAGUCUGGUGCAUUGACAUCCUGGGGGAUCGGAUGGUUUCAGGCGGCGCUGACUCCAAGAUUUGUGUCUGGCGCGAUUCCACCCUCGAAGUGGAGAAGCAGC